AUGAAUUUUUCCGUGGCGUUCCUAGUGAUUAUGUAUCUGAUCGAAGGGGCGCAUUCUCUAGUUGAAUUCACGAAUUUCCAGUGUGAGUCAUUGGAUAGAAACUUUUGCGGGUUCGAGUACUGUCACAUAAAAUCCGUAAACCGGACGUACAAAUACAUUUCCCUUAAAGUUAAUCUCUACAAAACUCCUGUGAGCUCAGUCAAGGUAAAUACGGCCAUUUACAAACGCUUGAGUGGCUAUAAGCCAUUUCUCUACAAUGUAACUGUAGAUGGCUGCAAAUUUCUUGAAAAUCAGAACUCGAAUCCCGUUUCUAAGUUCAUUUUCAGUGUUUUCAAAGACGUCUCCAAUUUAAACCAUUCCUGCCCCUACGAUCAUGACAUAUUGCUGGAAAAGCUAUCAACAGAGAAAUUUAACCAUUACGUAACCAAAAUUCUUCCUUUUCCUGAGGGAGUAUAUAUGGUAAAAAUGAACUGGAUCGCUUAUGGCAUUAACCGAGCUAUAGUUCGAUUAUACUUAACAAUCACAUAAAACCCUAAAUCCCAAUGUAAGCAAACACAGAGAGAAAAAAUCUUAAACUUAAAUAUGUUCCCCAAAAAGCAAAGAUCUGAUCGGCAAGCUACGUAAAAUUAAUUUUUUUUAAACUAAUUCCUAAUCAACAGGCUAUGUUUCCCUUGCACAAUUACAUAAUUUGUAGCGCAACUUAUUUUGUUUCGAUUUAAAAAAAAUAACUGUGGCUUUUAGU